AUGCGGUCCUCCUCCGCCUUUGAAGACCUCGACGACGACGACGACGACGACACCAAAAUCGUCCGGUUUAAAAUCGCGCGCUCGAAGCGUCCAAAGACUGUUUUUGCUUCCUCGUCGUCGUCUUCUUUUAAGGACGAUUUCUUCGCGUUGCAACUCUCCGAAAACGAGAACGAGACCAAAAUCGCGCUCGGGGAAACCGCCCGAUGGUUGAUUUCCGCGCAGAAUGCGAACGACGACAACAACACCAAAAGGGUGGCGACGAAGACGAGAAUAAAAGCAGAGGUACUCGUGGGGAACAAAACUCGUUUCUCGCAAAAGAGGAGAGGCGUCUCGUCGGCAUCAAUACAAGGGGCAACAAGUUUUAUCCUCUUGGACGAGAUUGGAGAUGGAAAAACAACAGAAGCAACAGGGAGUUGUUCGUUGAAACCGUCCGAGUCUCGCGAGGCGGAGGUACACUUUUCGGCGAAGCAUCUCGGGGAGCACACGUUGAAAUGCACGGCGGAAUACGUGGAUUGCCCGUAUGACGAACGGUCGGCGGUCGCGAUUAUGAACGUCGCCGGGGAGAAUACCGUGUACGAUGUCGGGGAGAGGAAGCGCGCGGUGCGUUAUUUUUCAUUCGACGUGACGAAUCCGUUACACGUGAGGACGAAGACGCGACGGGUGUUUACUAGGAGUAGAAGUGAAGAUAGCGAUAAUAAUAGUACGAGUAGUAGUAAAGAGAAGGUGUUUUUAGAGGCGACGAUUGAGAACGUGGAUAAAGCGGCGGCGAGAUUAAUCACGAAAGUGCAUUUAAUCGUGGACGAGAGACGGCACGCAUCGACGGCGCUGUUCCCGGAAAUAGCAGACGAAGAAACGUUGUUUGACGUAGGGAACAACAAGAAUCAAAUAUAUUUACAGAAAGGCGGUGGCGCCGCGCAUUUUCUGUUCGAAAUAACAGAAACCGACGAGUGGGGAGUGUCGUCGUCGAUGACGACGACGUCAACGAGCGGUAAAGACGAACUCGGUACGCUCGAAAUCUGUUGGCUCGGGAGUACGGGUGAACCCGGAAGACUUCAAACGCAACCGAUUUUAGCGCCGAAACCGAGCGAUACGACGCCGCCGCAGAUCGUGCGAGGCACGAGUCUUGGCGGCGGCGGCGACUACAGUCGGCCGAUAUUAAGGACUACGGUCGAGAUUUUGAACAGCGAGGAAGACGAAAACGUUCCGAACGGUGCGAAUAACAUCGCCGCUACCAUUAACCGCGCGGUGAAAGUUACCGCGGUUACGGCUGAAAGACCGUUCCUCGUUCGCGUGAAAGUUUCCAACCUUUCGCCGACGACUGAUUCUGGGGCGGUAGAACUCCGAAUCGAGGACGAUACCGCAAGUAACAACGACGCGAAAACACAAAACAACAUCAGCAACAACGAUAUCAACGCGUUACUCUCCCAUUCGGGCACCAUCCGAGUCAACGGCGAGUCUAUGAAAAUCUUGCAAGAGAUCCCGAAGAACAACGGUUCCCGCGAGGCCCUGUUUGAGAUGGUCGCGCUCGCGCCCGGGGUCAAGAAACUUCCUCAACUCACCGUCCGCGAAUUGAACGGACGCAUUUUGCUCUCUCCAGCCGCGCGAGAGGUUUUUGUUUUAGCGCCUUGA